CAGACGCAGAUUCGGGGUCUGAGGUCAACCGCAUCGUCAAGCAAAUGUUGCAGUUCAGCGAUGAGACGACACAGAGCAUCACAGUCGGAUCGUCCGCGUCUGUACUGCCUGAGCAAAGUACAACUUGUACGAUCGCAAGGAGCCCUCUAGGCCAGGGGCGAAGCAUAGGCGGUGGUCACCCUAGUACAACAAGUCCUAC